UUCUUGAGACCCUCACGUCAGUGUAUGGUGGAAGUGGAAGUCUUACCCAGAUCCUUGAGGCUGACUGCACCAUCUGCUGCCUCACCAUCCACCCAGCCUAGACUUCUGCUGGGAAACUCGCAAACACAUUAGAAAGUCAGGGAUGUUUCUGUGAACACACGGUCUCAUUGCCCUAACUGCUCCAAAGUUUCCUAUCAGAGGCCUAUCCCUGCCCUUUCAGGGGACCCAGCUACACCAAAGUCCCUCUCUGUUGCAACGACAUGAGCUCCUGGUUGUUCUUCAAAAUCUGCAACAAAGUCCCACCUCCUCGUCUUUGCAUGUGCUUUCCCCCUGCUGAUGACACAGUCCACCCCUCCAGGCACCUGCUUGGCUUCCUCCUUCACUGUUUCAGUGUCACCUCCUGGCAAGGCUGACCCCGACCCCUGACUCUCUAUCUGCAUAAUGUGGUCAUGUGCUCUCUUUGUUCUUCUGCCUUUGUCUCUAAGCCAAAUGCUUAUUCCAUUUGGCUCUAUAUUCUAUACAUGUUUAUUUGUCUCCCACUACUAGAAUGUGUGUGCCAUGAGGGCAAAGUGCUGUUUCAUUUACUGCUUUAUUCCCAGGGCCCAGAUUUACGUGGCACACAGUAGGAACUCAAUACGAGUGGAAGGAGGACUUGGCACAGAACUUCUCCACCAAAAUAAAAAGAGCCUCCACUGAGGAAGGAUACCUAAAUCCACUGCUUUGCUCACAGGGGCAGUGCUGUGGACUUUUGCCAGGGUCCGAUCUUUAGCUGUGACAAAGACCAGAGAUUGGGGGAAACAAGGCCAAACCUAGUGGGGUAGCUCAUCUGCUGGCCAGGAAGCCACAGAGGGCCUACCCUACCCGUCUCAGGCUGCUAUGGUGACUGUUCCCCCAUGUCUGCAGCCAGCCAAGAUGCCCCACCCCAAAGCAUCAAAGGGGAGAAACAGCCACCAGCCUAGAGGUGACAAUAGGGUUGCUGUGUGAUAUGGGCCCUUGGGUAGGGCAUGCACUCAGGCAAAUGAGCCAGAGCACACGCAGAUAUAGAGGCAUGUGUGCUGGCUGAGCUCUGCUUCCACUCCAGGGCUCGCCAGCAUGGAGGACAGUCUAAAGCAGCUCAGCCUGGGGAGACAUCCCAACGGGGCAGGGGGCAGCCAGGCCCUGGCUGAGCUCCAGGAGCUUGCCCUGAAGUGGUUCAUGGAGACACAGGCCCCCUUCAUUCUGCAGAACGGUGCCCUGCCUCCUUGGUUUCAUGGAUUCAUCACCCGCAAGCAGACGGAGCAACUACUCAGGGACAAAGCUGUUGGGUCCUUCCUUAUCCGCCUCAGUGAUCGAGCCACUGGCUACAUCUUGUCCUACAGGGGCAACGAUCGCUGCAGGCAUUUUGUCAUCAGCCAGCUUCGAAACCGGCGUUACAUCAUCUCAGGAGACACCCAGAGCUACAGCACCCUGGCUGAGCUUGUGCGCCAUUACCAGGAGACACAGCUUGAGCCCUUCGGAGAGUCGCUGACUGCUGCCUGCCCCCGGCCAGAGGACAAUACUCUGUAUGAUGCCAUCACCCGGGGCCUCCACCAGACCAUCGUGGACCCGGAAAACCCGCCUGCCAUGGCAUCCCCCACAGUGGUCCCAGACAAGGCUGCCAGCCCCCGCUCUUCUCCAAAGCCCCAGGUCUCCUUCCUCCAUGCACAGAAGAGCCUGGAUGUGAGUCCCCAGAACCUCUCCCAGGAGGAAAGCAUGGAGGCUUCCAUCAGAUUGCCCCCACUCCCUGAGAGGAGUUCCUCCCUCCUAGAAGAGUCUUUUGGAGGCCCCAGUGACAUCAUCUAUGCAGACCUGAGGAAGAUAAACCAGGCACGGCUAGGCUUGGGCACAGAGGGGUCCAGCAGGCAUGGCCCAGUUCCAGCUGGCAGCCAGUCCUGUUCCCCAGGCAGCGAGGCCCAGAGGAGACUCUCAGAUGUAGAACAGAACAGGUCUGAUGGCCUGGUGCCCAUCCUCUCUGGGGUGAACCCAGACCAGGGGCCCACAGAGUCUCCCACUUCAUGGGGGUUCCUCCUGUCCUCCAGUUCUGAUGCCAUGGGGUCCCUGGGGGCUACCUGGAGGCAGGAGUUUCCAAAGUUGAGCCCAGAGGCUCAGCUCUGCUCCCAGGGCAGCUCUGAAGAUUUCUAUGAGUUCAUUGGGACAGAAGGCCUCCUGCAGGGGGCCAGGGAGGCAGCAGACCAAGAAGGCAGUACCUAUGAGCAGAUCCCAGCGUGCUGGGGUGGCCCAGCCAGGGCCCCACAUCCUGGGACCAGUCCCACAUAUAGCAAACUGUCGGUGCCCAUGGACUCUGGCCACAAGAGGAUCUCAGGGACCCCAGGGCUUCCAGAGGCUGGGAACACCUAUGAGCAGAUCCCAGCAACCAAGAGCAAGGAGACUGGACGGACACACAAGCCUGAUAAGCUUCGGAGGCUCUUCUUCACCGACAGGAGGCACAAAUUCUGAGGGCCUGGCAUCUGGCAGCCCACCAGUGGGUUUCCUGGUACCCAGGCCAUGCCAGGGGUUAUCGCAAAGCCCUCAGCUCACUUGAAGGCACCGUCUGAAACUUCAGACUCAUCCAGUCUGCUACAGAACUAGGCUCAAAGACAGCCGAGGUGCCUGCCCGAGAGCAGGUAGAAGAGGACCUUCCAGCUGCCUGCAGCUCCUGCCUAUAUCCUCCUUUCCUUCUGCCUCCCAUCCAUGCAGAGGAGGGAAUCAAGGCUGGAGAGGAGUAAGCCUGGCCAAAGGUGGGGGUCAGCACCCCCAUUUCCCAGAUGAGCAUGCUGAAGCCCAGGCGGACUGGCUAAACCUGCCUCCCACUACUGAGCACUUACCAAAUGUGUGGCAGGCCGUGUACUGGAACAGACACCUUUCUAACUGGCCAAGUGACAUCCUGCAAUUGCUAUUGGGAACAAAACCAGUUCCCCUCCUUGUGGCCCCAUCAGCGAAAAGGGGAGGGCCAGAAGCCACAUCCUCUGCUUCUGCCUCAUGGUGAUUGGAGCAAGAAGCCAGGAAAUAGCAGGGAAGGCCUAGCCUCAGAGGCGAUGGCUGACUCUGGAAGCAGCUGGGCUCCUGGGGACCUGCCCCUUGGCUCCUGUCUUCUGCCCCCAUCCCACCCUCGCUGUGCAAGCUGGGCAGAUCCUAAGGGCAUGGCAUCCAGUCCAACCCCUUUGUGCUGUAGAUGAGGAAAUGAGGCCCACAGAGGAGCAGCAACCUGCCUGGGGCUGCACAGCCAGCCAGGGCCUGAGCAGAAGCCUGUGGUCUGGUAGGGCAAGCCCAGCUGGCUGCCUGGGAUGCACUGUUGGGCUGUAUCUGGUGCCAGCCAGUGGGCACAUGGUGGCUAUUUCUAUAUAACCAGGUCACCCUCACCUGCCCUGUGGCUCCAGUUAGUCCUGACUUUGACAGGUGGCUCGUGAGCCCCACCCAUGAGACCCAGACCCAACCUGGUGGCCCGGCCCUCCAAAGAGCCCUCAGGGCCUUGCCCAGGCACCGGAGGCACCAGCAUGGGCAGAGGGCAGUCAGGCCGCUCACUUCGGCUGUACCCUCAGGUCAGGCUGGCUCUUCCUGGAUCUCUGUCUCUCAGGAAACUUCCUGUUUUGUGUGUCACUUCCUUUCCUAUCCACAUGUCCCCUUCUCUGUAAGGGUGGACAGCUGGCUUGCUGCCCGGCUCCCCAUUACUCCCAGCCCAGGAUGCAGAAAACAGAAGUGAUCAUCUCCCGAGACAGCACCAUAGGUGCCCCUCCUCCCUGCCCUGACCCUGGGCAGAGCUGCCUCAGGUCGCAUUUGUGGGAAGUCUACCCUUAGUGACCACUCGGCUAUGCAGCUUCUGAAAUAUAGGCCUCUAAGAGUCCCUCUCUCCUUGGGGGUUGCAAGGAUUGAGACAGAAGCAACUGCCCCUGUGCCUGAAGUGUGGUCAGCGCUCCCGAAUGUUAACCAGAAUUCUCAGGGAAUUCACGGAAGGCUAGGGGCCUGGAUGAGUUUUCCUCCUGAAGGCACACACGCUGAAAUCAAAGCUAGUGCCUAAAGCAGGAGGCACUGCCUCACGCUGAGAGCUGAGGCACCCAUGGUGGGAUUUCAAGGAUCAGAAGCAAAGAUACCCUCAAGCAUUUCCUAACAUCAGCAAAAUGGAGAACACAGGGAUGCAAAAGUGUUUUAUUACCAGGAGUUCACAAAUCUGUGGACAGCACACACCAGUGAGGAUCCCACGGUGUUGGGGAGGUCAGGCAGGGUGGUCCUCAUGACCCAGAGGCAGAGCCAGGGGCAAGAGCCCUUGGGCCCACUGCUCCCACACUUCACAUUGUGAAGGAGGCUGGGAGAAGGGGAAUAGGCAGGCGUGGGGGGCAGCCCAGCCUUGGGUUUUGGAAAAAAUUGCAUAGCUCGUUAAAACCCUGACCUCUUUUUUUUUUUUUUUUUCCCCCUGUCCUGGGUGACCAGGGUGUCUGCCAGCACUUGGACACGUCAGACCCCACCACGUCCUGUUGGUUGAUCUGCCUUUCCCUCUGGGAGCUGGGGAGCAUUUCUGGAUGGGAAGAGGACUGAGGGUGGGGAGGGCCUGGAGAGGGGCCAUGGGUCCUGGGGCUGGACCACAGCGGGGCUGUGGGAAGGGUCCUAACCAUCACACACCCCCUUCCUGGUUAGUUUUUUUUGCUGAAAGGGCCACAGGAAAUAUUCGUGGUGUAAACCCCAGAGGCUGCCACUGCUUUCCUGGGGAGCUUGGAGGCCAUGCCCACGUGACCGCAGGGCAAGAUGGUGGACUCCAGACCCCUGCAGCCUUGGCCGUGUCCUCAGAUCCGGAUGUGGAAAGUGCUGGAAAGAGAGGGCAAGAGAGAGUGAGAGGCCCUGGCUUGGGCAGGUAAAGGCUCCUCAGGGAAAAGCACACCAGGCCCCAGCCCCACGCUGGAUGGUGCCUCAUUAGGACCCCCUGCAGACAGGAUGCGAGUCAUCAAUACCAAGGGAAGGCAGGCUUGCGGGGGACAGCGGUGCCCAGGGAGCUCUGCCCCUAGUUAUCACUGAAGGGGCCCCUGGGUCUUCAACCUUCAUAUCAGAGUCUGGCCCUCCAGGGGACAAGGGCCAGUCACACAUCAAGGGCAAGGGGGCCUUGACUGUGACCUCCUGCUCCCUGGCCACACACCACGCUCACAAACAGCAAGUGAUAGGGGCUGCAGCCCCAGCAUCCCGGCCUGCCCUCCCCUGCCCUGUUCUGCCAAGCUUAGCCCCUCUAGUGGCAGCACCUGAGGAAGUCAGGGGCCUUAGCGAUCAUGUCCUCGAAGUCAGCAAAACCCAGCUUGCCAUCACCGUCCAGGUCGGCCUCCUCAAUGACCUUGUCACACACAAGCACCACCUCGUCCUCAUCCAGCUCCGACUUUGUGAGCCGGGCCAGCGUCAGCUCCAGGUCCUCCUUGCAGAUGAAGUUGUCAGUGUUGAAGUCUGUCGGGUGGGGGUUGGACAUGUUCAAGCCUGGGCUGGGUGCACCCAGGGACCCCUACACCAUAGCUCUUCCUCCCAGCUGGUCACACUACCUCCACCAGCUUCUGAUGUCCCCAGAGCAUCUCCAUGUACAUUCUUGAGAUCCUGGAUCCCUGCCCCCAACAGGGCUCACCCACCAGGCAUAGCUUAAACACCCACAUCCACCACCUCAACAACCCCACUUCCAACCACAUCCUGGAACAGGUCAAAAGUCCAAAUCUGAGGUUUCCUGAGAACUUCAGGCAUAGGUGGGAUAGCCUUCCCUGGCUUUAGCCCAAAGCAGACCCUGUGUUCCCUUUAGACUUCCAGAGCUAAGGAAACCAGGGAACAGAAAGGCCAUGUGAUUGAAUCAAGGUCAGAGAGUCACGUGGAGAUGGAGCAGGGAUUCUGAUUGGAGCCUGUGUGAGUCUGAGACCCAGGUUUUCUCAGCUGCACCACACUGCUUCAGUGGUGUGUGGCCAGGAGCCAUGAUGGCUCAGAAGACUCGGAAUCAUGGGCCCUUAGAGAGGGCCCAUGCCUAGCCUUUGUGCACACAGCAGGGAACAUGGUUUGAUUCUACCCAGCAAAAGGCAACACUACUGCUCAAAGAACAGCAGAACGGUUCAGAGGACCAAGCCACGUGUGGCCACGUCAAAGUGAACUCUGUCUUCUUACCAUUUUCAGCCCAACUACCAGAUCUGCACACCUGCUGUUUCUUCUGCCUGGGUUGCCCUUCCCAGCAAACUCCUGGUCCAAAUUUUGGCUCACACAUCACCUCCCAGUGGCAGAGCUUUCUAGCAAUAAGGGUCCUCUCCCCAACAAAUGAGCUUCUCCUGCCCACUGGGCAAACUCUGACAUGAACAGUAGCGAUGAAGACCCAAGAUGUGAGCAUAACAUGCUCUUUCUCAUUUAAUUUUCAGAGCAAACCUAUGAGAUAGGCACAAUUGAAUCCCCACUAUACACAUGAAGAAACAGGGAGAUGAAAAGGAGAAGCACCUGCCUGAGGUCACAUCCGUGGUCAUUGUUGGAUCCUACAGCCCAAGCUCUUAGGGGUGACUCUACCCUGUCUCUGCACAGGCCUGUGCACAACUCUAGGGUAGUGGCAGGUAGGAUUCAUCUUUGCCCUUGACAUGGGACACAGCAAUCUCUACAAAGAUUUGCUGGUUGGCUGGAUUCCUGUGGCCAUUUAAUAUGAGUAAACUGAGGCCAGAAGUGAGAUGAUUCUUGUUGCUCAUGAGGCCCCAGGCCUCCCUAGCACCAGAAUCACCCUGGCUGCCUUUCCCCACUCCACCCCCAGCCUAGGGCAGCAAGGGAGCCACAGUUCUUCUAUAUGUUCCUGUGCCCGCUGGUCCAUGCGACCUGCACUCCCGUCUUGGGCAGACAGCAGCCCUUCCCAGGAGCAAAGCUGUGGGGUUCGAGACUGGGCUGAUGUUGGGUGGAAUCUGGGAAGCUUUUUAUAUGAGCCAUGUGGGCAUAGUUUGUGGAGGGUAGACUAGCAGGUAUCUUCUUUCUGACAUGCAAGCAAAAUGUGGGUGUACAGACAGAAACCGAAGUCCUCCGAAUUCAACACGACAACUAGAAAGGGAAUCAUCAGCUCCCGGAAGGCUCUGCUGCCUUGGGGUCCAGCGUCUGAUCAAAGGUGCUGAGGACAGGAGGUUUGACCUUGACUCUUUGGGUCUAGGAUGGGUCCUAGCCCCUCCGUGAGCCUUAGCCAUCUUAACUGAGGUCUGUCUGAGGAUCUGACACAAGUCCCCAUGGGUCUGUUAGGCCCGCACAGCGGGUGAGGUCGUGGAUGUGAAGUUUUCUCCCUGUGGCUGUGGGAGAAGCGAGUCCUUGGCUCGUGAGUACCUGCUGCCCCCUGGUGGCUGGUGAGGCAGCAGGCCCACGGGCAGGGCUGGGCGGUGUGACCCAGUGGCCCUACUUCUGGCAGUGUUAGGGGGCUCCAGAGGCCCCCCUGCAGGCCUGGCCUCACCACCAUGGCGGAGGCAGCCUGUCCAGCUCCUCCAUUUUACACCUCAAAGCUGCUGAGUGAUCUUUCUAGAAAAGAGAGCUACACUUCCCCACUGGAAACCCUACAGUUGCCCUGGUGUCCUGAGUACUAGGUCCAAACUCCUUGGCUGGCUCUCACAGCCUGGCCCCAAAUCACCUCUCCGACUCACACCGCCCCCGCCCCACCACCUUCCAAGUUCCUCCACCUCCUUA